CCCCAAUCGUUUUUUCAAGUUGACAAUUAGUGAAAAAUUAGUGAGGUACAAGUAAAUCCGAAUUCCUAAUAUGCUUAUUGAUAGAUCUUAGUCUUAGAAUCGAAUUUAUCUUUUGUUGAGAACGAAAUGGAAUUUGGAUCUUCCUUUAACCCGUCUGCAUAAUUCUCUGUCCUCGAUGAAACCUAUAACCCUCACAACAGAUACUAAACUUUCAGUAUCCAGGACCAAUUGAAGAGACACUUCUGUCAACGCCGAUAGAAGCUACUCAGUCACAGAUUGAUAAAUCACAGAUUGAUAAAUCACAGAUUGAUAAAUCACACAUUUUUGAUAAGUCAAAAAAUGUUAGAUCUCCAACUCGACGUUCGUUCGCUUUCGCGCGAGGCGCGAGGUCGUACCCUACGGACGCCUGCUUUGGGGGCUCUGCACGAUAAAACUUCGGCAUCCUUGUCGAGGAUGCAGCGAGAGCUUGCGAAAAAUACGACAAUUGGUGUUGUUGGAGUGCAAGGACAUCCUAAAAGUAUGGUGCUACAACAGGAAAUGGAAAACCUCGAUCUAGUGACGAAAGACAAAGAUCCCUUUCUUAUGGUGGAAGACGACCACGAUGUUGAUGAUGCUCAAUCAGCCACCACGGACGUUGAAAGUUGUGCUGAAAGCGCGUCGUCGGCUUCCAGUGGAGACAAUAACUUCGCCGUUUCCGGUGCCAAUUAUAGGAGCACAACCUCUAGUCCUAGGCCAUUUCCCUUCAUCGUUGGAAGAACCGGUCAACAUCAUCGUGAAGGACCACUUGGACCUUUUUCUUUGCCGAGGACUGCUAUUGAAAGCCCAGACGAACCACUUCUAGUAGAGAACGACAGGCUGAACCUGGGUGACCUUUUUUCUCCGCGCAUUGAGCUACCGGCUAAUAGCAACAAGGGGGGAGAAGGACAAAAGAGAAGAGCUCUUGAAAUUAGUUCUCCGGUAAGGCCAUCUACUUCUAGUAUCGAAGAAGGACGACGAGUUCGUCCUUCGACGUUUAGUACAGGAACUUCUUUUAACGCGAGUUGUACUUCUGUACAAAAAGGUCGUCCGCUUUCUUCUCCAAGGACUCCUGUGUCUUCUUCGAGUGCCGGUGCCAAAAAAGACAAGGAUCUCCAUCACGACCUUCACUGCGGAGCGGCGACAGCAGUUGUCGGGAGUCAGCAGAGGGUCGUCUUUCCUCCACCGCCAAUUCGACCUGGCACAGCUCCUGGAGUCGGCAAGAGAGGUAGACUGUCCCCGACCGCGAAGAAGGCAGAUGCGCGAAAGAACAAUGUUGGAGAUGCUGUUGUACCUAUGAAAAUGAAGAUUUCUGGAUACGGGUGUGGAAUGCAGUCGAAUAAAUUCAUGGGUAUGGAAUCCAAUUCCAAACAAGAUGCGUCAUCUCCACGCGCCUUUCUUCCUCCACCUUCACAACAAAGGUCCAAUUGUAUCAUGGAGUCGAUUAACGUAGAUGACUCCUUGAAACUACAACAGUCGAGCGAUGAUUUUCCUUUCGUCCGAAGGAACAAGAUUGUGGGAGCUCCGCGUGGGUCAGCAGUCUUAAAACAUCAUGCGCGACGGCCGGCUACUGCAGGCACACUCACCUCGAAGGAAGUGUUGCAUGGUCAACGUAUUCUUGGGAGGCAGGCUUGCGCAUCUUCGAGGAUGUUGAUAAAAGAACAUCAAUUAUCCGAAGAUGCAAGGGGGCAUCAAUCAUUCUUGACGAAGAUAGUACAAGAUCAUGAACGAGAACCGCAAGCUGCACAAAAGAAACAAGAAGCUUCGACUGAUGUUUUGAAAGUGGGACAAGAAAAUGCGUACUCGAUCCCUUCCAGCAUACUUAAAAGGGAGGAGCGCAAAUGGAUACGACUGGAGGGCAAAAGGGCAGAUUGUGCAUUCGAAGCCGUUACUACUGGGAGAGAUGCUGAUGAACACGAUGGCACGAAAGCCGACUCUCAUGAAUAUAGUGCCACGAAAGGAAAAACUACAACUACCGCUAGUUCAUGUCCUGAAAAAGGUCAUAUGACCAAGAAGAGCGAAUCUGUGUCUAUCCUGGCAAAGAAAGACGAGAAUGAAGACUUGCAGCAAGUUCGUGACCCAUCCUGUGCUGUUCGCGCAGGUAUCAAAAGCGAUAGAACUACAAGCUGUGCCAUUAGUCGUGGUACGAAGAAAAACGAGGACAUCCACCCGGAUGAUACCGUUUUUACUGGAGGAUUAGAAGACGAAGCCCACGGUGAAGUUCACAGUGAAGCAAGCGAAGUUCUGCAACAUGACGCCCCGUUGGAACCCUAUUUGCGAAAAGGAAGGGAUCUCACGGAGGAAAAAUACAGGUUCUUACCUAUUCAACAUUAUGGCGUUUGUACGACCUCGUCAACGAUGUUUUCUAUCGAAAAAAUGCCACGUGGAGGUCCUCCGAGUGCGACGACCACGCUGAAAGAAUAUUCCAGUACAAGAGAGGAUCAUGAUAAUCAAGCUCAUAUCCCCUUCACCAAAUCUACUACUGCUUUCGACGAGCACGUGCCCAAUCCUCAAGGCCACGAGAGGCCACAGACAGCCUGCGCUAGCGCUCUCUCAUCUGCUGCCAAGAGGCAAAGCGACAACAACCGAGGAGGAGGAGGAGUGAGAUUUCUGCUGAAUAAUAGAAACAACUUUAAUAAUCGUGGCAACGAACAGGAACGAAGUCGCGGGAAUGACGAACGCCCAAAAACUGCUGACCACUACAAUCGCGGAUCAUUUUCAACAAAUAUGAGAACAACAAGCGACGACGACGAGUCUACAAUUAAUGGCCAUCUCUUUUCUCCAACGUCCUCACCGUCUUUUGGCGCAGCAAAUUCUAAUACAAGAAAUGCUCCCUUUGCCUUUGGUACUGGUGCAUCACCUCGAAGUCCUUUGUUGAACAACAGUACCACUUCCAUUUUUUCGCAGAUGAAUAGCACAAGCACGACUGGUAGUAACCCCAGCAAGGCGUUGUUGAAGCUUCCCGUAGCUAGUUUAGCAGAAACGGCUGCCAAAGAUAUUGCCGCAGGACGCUGUGAAUUUGUGAGACCGUGGACUACUGGCUGGCGCCCUUUUGCCCAAUACCCGGAAGGCCUGAUCGAGUCCGAACUUGUCCAGAGAGUGCGCGAAAAUGACAUCCCUUGGAUCCUCCUGUGUCUCCAGCGCGUGGGCAAGCAAGUUUUGUGGUCGCCUUGGGGCGGCGCGGUCGCGAGGACGUCGAUCUUGGAGGCCGUCGGACAGGGAACGCAAGGCGAACUCAUGGUCAAAGUUUUGGCGUUCUUUGGAGGCAAGGAGUUGUUGACGAAAGUGAAGGACUUUAAAAACCGCAGUGCGCAAGAUCACGCGGAACGCAAAGGUAUGAACAUCAAGACACUGACAGAGGGAGAGGCUGCGAAAGCAAAAAUAGAUUGCUGGAACGAUCGACCGCAGAGUCGGGGAUGAAGAUACUCACGUUGGUUUUAUACCGUAUUAAAAACAUGAUGUUGAUGCUAGUCAAUGAUGUUGAUGCUCGUCAAGCUCAAGUGAAUAAGUCGGAACCAAUGAUGAAAUAACUAAUAAUGUUGACAACGAACAUAAGCUGCGCGGUAAAAAUUAGCGAUUUGAAAUUGAAAAUAUUGAAAAUAGAAUUGAUUACUAUAGACAAGAACCGAUAGAAUUGACUUUGACUCGAAAAGCCCUUACUUUGACUGGUAAAUCC